AUGGCAUCAGAGAACGAGUUCCAGCUCUUCACUUCCCUGAGAUAUGAUCCGUUACUUCUCAAAUCGGGCGAGAACUCAAGAGAGAUUUUGAACUUCGUAGCACCUUCACCUUUCUACAUGCUUGCCUACCAUCGAGAUCGCAUGGUGGAAGCUGCACAGCACUUUGACUUCUUUGAGGUGGAGAAACAAUUGAAAGAUGGAAAAGCUUUACACGAGGAGUUGUUGAGGCGGGUACAAGAGGAGAUCAAGAACACAGGAAAAGAUGAAGCAAUGAAGCUUCGACUCCUCUACGACAAAGCUGCGAAUCUAACCGUGGAAUUCACCCCAGUGCCUGCCGUACCACUCUCUACACUCUAUCCCCCAUCCCUGGACCCCCCAAAGCCCCCCACCCAACAACACCCGGCCAACACCUUCACCCCCUCUCCCUUAACAGGCGGCGCCCUCACACUCGGACCCUCGGACUCUCUUCCAGCUGCCACAUCAACACCGCCUCCCCCACCAGAAUGGAAGAUCAAAUUGGACACCGAGCCUACCCCCUCCUCCCCAUUCACCCUCCUCAAAACCACAAAACGCGAGAUGUACGACCAAUCCCGUGAACGCGCCUUACCCGAAAACCCAGCCGGCCCUGCCUACCGUGAGGUAAUGCUCUACAACGAAGUCAACGAACUCACAGAAGGCACCCUAACAUCUCUGUAUCUCUUCCGCGGCGGAAGGUGGGUGACGCCGCCUGUUGGCGUGCCGUCUGGCGAGUUCACGAACUAUCAGGCUGUGCACUCAGAACCAGGGGACGAAUAUGGUCGCGAAGCACAAACAUGUCUCGCAAUUCCUAAACUCUUGUACACUUGUAUCCUCGCGAAUACUCCAAACGUAGUUUCAAAGAUACUUAUCGGCAAACGUACGUUCGCACAACUCUGCAAAAUGGCAUCUCUCUACAGCACCCGCGAGACUUUCAGCAACAUCGCCCUCUACACCACUACGACCCAAACAUGCACCUCCAAAAACGACCCGUCUCCAUCUUGCCCGAUUUGUAGCGAGAUCUGUACCUCGUCCUUCAUCGGAUCAACCCAUCACGCCCUCCAGAUGCCAUCAUGCUCUCACAUUUUCGGCGCAUCCUGCAUUGAAACCUGGUUCGACACAGCAGGUACUUGCCCCUUGUGUCGCAAAGACUUCUUCCCCAUGAAGCCAAUAGAAGUAUCGACGGAGAUUCAAGAACUUCCGGGUCUCUUCCUUUCAAUGUUCGCAUUGCUGAGCGAAGUGAAGAAGAGGUAUCCUCAAGGAAGGAAGGCGGUAGCAGGUGUGGAAAACAUGAUCGCAGAUCUCGGUGAGAUGGUUGUGAGGGAUACUGAGGAGAGGAAAGAGAGAAGAAGUGAUAGAGAAGAAGCAGAAAGAAAAGCGAAAAGAGCACUAGAGCAUAGCCAGCGGGAGAUUGAAAAUUCAGCGAGAGAAGCAGUGGAAAGAGAACGACAGCGGAGAUUGCGCGAGGUCGAAGAUGGAUUGGAGACAGAGGAAGCGCCGCCACCAAACUACGUUUCGACCACAUCCUCUGCCGAGAUCACAGUCUCGGAAAGAGUCAGCCUGGGACCCAAUUUCGUAGUAUCUUCGUCCCCAACUCUACCGUUAGUCAGGCAAAGAACUGCAACCUUUCUCGCCCACGACUCUGGCCCCGAUCUCGGCAGCUCCGGAAGGGUCGUUCCAGGUGCAGUUGCCCAUACUAGACUACAGAACGCAGAACGUUUGGCGGAGCAAGCCGAAGCAUUUGGUUUACUAGAGGCAGCUGAGGAUACAAGAAGAAGACGCGCGACUGUUUCCAAUACUUUAAGGCUCUUGCGUGAGAAAAGAGCUGCCCAGGUGGAGGAUAUAGUACGAAGGAUAGGGGUUUUACCGUCGAGGGCAGAAGCGUAUGCCGAGCUAGAUGAAGAGAAGAUGUGGUUCAACAGGGGCUUGGUUUGGUGGCAGAGGCGACUUUAG